AUGACAGCACAAGAAAGAGGACAAGUACAAGCAAAAGUAGAAGUAGCAGCAGAAGCAAAAGCAAAAGUAAAAGUAGAAGCAGCAGCAGAAGCAAAAGCAAAAGUAAAAGUAGAAGCAGCAGCAGAAGCAAAAGCAAAAGUAAAAGUAGAAGCAGCAGCAGAAGCAAAAGCAAAAGUAAAAGUAGAAGCAGCAGCAGAAGCAAAAGCAAAAGUAAAAGUAGAAGCAGCAGCAGAAGCAAAAGCAAAAGUAAAAGUAGAAGCAGCAGCAGAAGCAAAAGCAAAAGUAAAAGUAGAAGCAGCAGCAGAAGCAAAAGCAAAAGUAAAAGUAGAAGCAGCAGCAGAAGCAAAAGCAAAAGUAAAAGUAGAAGCAGCAGCAGAAGCAAAAGCAAAAGUAAAAGUAGAAGUAGCAGCAGAAGCAAAAGUAGCAGCAGACAGAAGUGGCCAGAUGUGGGGGGAGGGGAGUGGGGGUGGGGGAGGGGGAAGGAGGAGCAUUGAGAGAAAUACAUUUGCAUCACUUCUGUCGUCGUCCUUCCCCCCGACAUCUCAUUUGCAUUUUAGUAUGAUGCAGUGA